AUGGCAGCAACUGCAGUUCAAAACGCGGAAGAGAAAGUUCUUUGCGAUAAGGCUUUUAAGGAAGAGUUGCUUGAUAAGCUAAACGAGCUUAGGAAAGACAAUACUCUCUGCGAUGUGACGCUUCAAAUCGAGGGGCAAAACUUUGCAGCUCACCGAUGUGUUCUCUCAGCUGCAAGCCCGUACUUCCGUUCACUUUUUACCAGUGGGUUUAAGGAAAACAAAGACUCCGCUAUUGUGUUAGAAGACACUAAACCUGCGGUAUUAAGCGAGGCCCUUCGGUUCAUUUACACAGGUGAAGCAGUGGUGAACGCCACUAACGCCCAUGAUUUGGUCAAGAUAGCAGACUACCUUCUUAUUACACGCUUGAAGACGAAGGUGUCGGAAUAUUUAGAAGAAUGCAUUGAUGCAACGAACUGCCUUGCACUGGAAUCAUUUGCAGAUCAGUAUGGUUGCGAGUCGUUAAAACAGACAGCGUCUGAGUUUAAACUACAGAACUUCAUUUCUGUAGUUAAAUCAGAGGAUUUUAAGACGUUGAACUUUGAUAAAGUCAAAGAAAUGAUAUCACGUGAUGAAAUAAUUGUUGCAAGGGAAGAAGAUGUAUACGAUGCAAUUGUUUCGUGGGUGAACCACGACGCUCUGGCAAGGGAAUGUUUGUUUACCGAGUUAUUAAAAUGCGUGAGAUUAUUCUCAAUAUCAAAGUACAGUUUGCAGCAGAUGCUGAAGGAAGAAUUGGUUCUAAAAAGCAGGACUUGCCUAAGUAUUUUGCUUGAAGGAUUAGAAUUUUUCUUUUCUCCAGAUCGUUUCUUGGGUAUGCCUCUCAAGCCACGUACCUGUUUAAGCACUGUGGAGUCUGCCAUAAUUCUCACAGGCGGACACCAUUCAAAUAGUGUAAGCAACCAGAGCACUUACUGUUUCUUGCCGUCAAAUAAUCAAUGGCUUUCACUCCCUGAGAUGCCAUUUCCUCGUACUCGUCAUGGGGCUGCAGUGUGCUGUGGACAGUUAUAUGUUGUAGGUGGGAUGCAAGAAGAAGUGGCGUGCUCUUAUGAUCCAAUACAAAACAAAUGGACUGUUAUUGAGGCAAAUACCUCUAUCCGUCAGCACUGCUCUGUCGUUGCUCUUAAUGAAGAGUUAUACGUGACAGGUGGUGAUCAGUAUUGGAACAGGGUUGAUAAAUAUAGUCCCAUCCUGGCUGAAUGGAAGGAAGUGUCGUCAAUGAAGAUUGGCCGGGGUGCGCACUGUGCAGUUAUUUUGGGAAACCUUAUUUAUGUCCUUGGUGGUGUGGACUCAAGGAUUUGUCAUAACAGCAUUGAAUGCUUUGAUCCCUUAACUAAUCACUGGAGUGAGGGGCCAAGUAUGAAUAUUGCAAGACAGUUUGCUGGUGCAGCUGUUUCCUGUGGAAAAAUUUUUGUUGCUGGAGGGUACAGUGACAAGGCAUGCAGAGCUUCAGAGGCAAGUUGUGAAAUGUUCGACCCUGUACAAGACCAAUGGAGCCUGGUGUCUAGUCUAGUUGUUCCUCGAGCAGCGUGUGCUAUGGUCAGUUUUGAUAAUCACCUGUAUCUAUUUGGUGGAGAAGAUGGUAUUCAGGUCAAAUAUGACAGUGUUGAGUGUUAUGAUGUCAAAAACAACAAAUGGGAGCAUUGUGGUACCAUGCCGGAAAAGUGUGCUUGUGUUCAAGCUUCACCGCUAUUGUUGCCAAAAAAAUACGUAAAUGAUUUAGACACAUUUGAUACACAGUAA